AGUCAUGAAGCAGACUCAAUGGGAAGACACAUUCUCCUAAAAGGAUUACAGAUGUACCUCCUUCAGACUCUCGGGUUUGCUUGGCUGAUUUUUGGAUUCUCUACUGAUUGUGUUUCUGCCGCAGGAGCAAAUGCAGCCUCCAGAAACGACUGUGGACAAGACUGCAGUGAAACACAGUAUGACACCCAAGAAGCUGCUCGCUCUGGAAACAAAUUUCACCCAGGGGCAAGUCUGUCUUGUUGUGGAAAGGAACCUUACAAUCCUGAAGUAGCAACCUGUUGCAAAGUACAAGACGGAAACAAGGCUUUUGAUAAGGACAAGCAAUUGUGUUGCGGUGCAAGUGAUAAAAAGACGAUUCUGGUGAGAAAUUCCACUUUCCACCGGUGCUGCGGUCACAACCAGUAUGACAACAGGACUCAGUGUUGCUGUGAGAAUAAGGAAGGUGUUCUGGAGGUACAACCUAAGAAUUCAGCUUGCUGCGACAAGAACUCGACUACAGGAGUGCAUCAUGUGGGAAAUCUGCAUUGUGGUCCGAAUGAUAAUAAGAAGAGUCUGGUGAGAAAUUCCAGUUUCCACCAGUGCUGCGGUCACAACCAGUAUGACAACAGGACUCAGUGCUGCUGUGAGAAUAAGGAAGGUGUUCUAGAAGUACAACUGAAGAAUUCAUCUUGCUGUGACAAGAGCUCCACCACAGGAGUACAUAAUGUAGGAAAUCUGCGUUGUGGUCCGAAUGAUGAUAAGAAGAGUCUGGUGAGGAAUUCCAGUUUUCACCAGUGCUGCGGUCACAACCAGUAUGACAACAGGACUCAGUGCUGCUGUGAGACUAAGGAAGGUGUUCUAGAGGUGCAACCGAAGAAUUCAUCUUGCUGUGACAAGAACUCCACUACAGGAGUACAUAAUGUAGGAAAUCUGCGUUGUGGUCCGAAUGAUAAUAAGAAGAGUCUGGUGAGGAAUUCCAGUUUCCACCAGUGCUGCGGUCACAACCAGUAUGACAACAGGACUCAGUGCUGCUGUGAGAAUAAGGAAGGUGUUCUAGAGGUGCAACCGAAGAAUUCAUCUUGCUGUGACAAGAACUCCACUACAGGAGUGCAUCAUGUGGGAAAUCUGCAUUGUGGUCCGAAUGAUAAUAAGAAGAGUCUGGUGAGAAAUUCCAGUUUCCACCAGUGCUGCGGUCACAACCAGUAUGACAACAGGACUCAGUGCUGCUGUGAGAAUAAGGAAGGUGUUCUAGAGGUACAACUGAAGAAUUCAUCUUGCUGUGACAAGAGCUCCACCGCAGGAGUACAUAAUGUAGGAAAUCUGCGUUGUGGUCCGAAUGAUGAUAAGAAGAGUCUGGUGAGGAAUUCCAGUUUCCACCAGUGCUGCGGUCACAACCAGUAUGACAACAGGACUCAGUGCUGCUGUGAGACUAAGGAAGGUGUUCUAGAGGUGCAACCGAAGAAUUCAUCUUGCUGUGACAAGAACUCCACUACAGGAGUGCAUCAUGUGGGAAAUCUGCUUUGUGGUCCGAAUGAUAAUAAGAAGAGUCUGGUGAGAAAUUCCAGUUUCCACCAGUGCUGCGGUCACAACCAGUAUGACAACAGGACUCAGUGCUGCUGUGAGAAUAAGGAAGGUGUUCUGGAGAUACAACCCAAGCAUUCAGAUUGCUGUGCAAAGGAGUCAGUUAAACCUGAAGGUUUUCGACAACUGACACAUAGGCUCCGACACUGUUGCACUGAACCAAACACACAUCUCUGUGGGUCGACAUGUUACAAUCCAAAGACGCAUCGUUGCUGUGAGAGACACCAAAAGCCUUUUUGGUUCUGCGCCUCAGGUAAACGCAAGGCCAGGGUGUAUGACCCACGUAUAGAGGUCUGCUGUGAUGGAUCUGUAUCUCCGUGGAAGCCGUGGAUAGAUCAAUUUCAUGGCAGCCCAGGACAACACUGCUGUGGGACGGAAAUUUACCGGCCUCGUACUGAGAUCUGCUGCAACGGACACAGACACCCCAAAUCAGAAAAUCUUCACUGCUGUGGGGUCAAAGCCUACAACAUUAAAGACCCACAGAUGAAGUGCUGUGCAGGAACACUGUACAAUUUGACAUCAUUAGACAAGCAUGGAGGGGACGCGCAGUGCUGCGGAUCCAUCCUGCAAAAGCCACAGGAUAUUUGCUGCUCAAGCCAGAAAAAAGAGAUGCUUUACUCUGUCAAGACAGGAUUUGGAUGCUGUGGUCACCUCUAUUACAACACCACCCUGUGGUCAUGCUGUGCUGGGAGGCUGAGAUCAAUCCAUGAACCAGGACAGGAUCAGAGAAAAAUGACUCAUGGAUCCAGACUUCUAUCUUUGAAUAAUCUAAACACAAGUGGUCUCUGCAAAGAAAUGUACACUGGGACUGUGGAAAGUGUGUCUAUGAAGAGCGUUGUGUUCAGGAAUGUGCUGAAGGUUCAUGGGAACAACGUGACAGCUCUGCCUUUGCAUUACAUCUUGGACAUAGACGAUCACUGUCAAUCACCUAAACUGUUUCUUGGGAAGACCUACAUCUUUAACAAAGUUAAUGUUUUCACUGAUUUCAACCAUGACUCUGUUCUUCAGUCACUCCAUUUCAUUUUUUCUAAAUGUUCAUCUUAGAUCAUGACUGUCUGAUCUAUGUAUGGUCAGUGAUUAGCUGUUCUCUUGUUUUUGUCUUAGAACAAGUACUCAGUUUUUAUUUACUCAGUGUUGGGUUUCUUACUCUAAAAUAGUACUACACUAAGACUAAUGCCUAGGGGUUUUUUUAUCCUCAGAAGAAUGUACUGUUAAAGUACUCAUUACAGGGAUGUUCUCUUACAUAAUGGUCUAUUAACAAUAUAACACUGUAUAACACUGAACCUUAGAAAUGCCCAUUAAUUAGUAAAAACUCUACCCUAAAAGGAAAGACCAUUGAAGCUUAACAUUUGGGCACUUUGCUGGUGUAAGCAUAAAAUCAAAGAACCAGCCAUAUUUCUAUCACUCAUUUUAUUUUUCCAUCAGUUAUUGUUGUGCAAGCACACAUGAAAAUGUUUAAAAAUGUGAUCUUUUUAAUCUUUCUGUUACCUAAAUAAUUGAAGAAUAUGUAACUCAAUUGAAUUAAUUCAUUAACUGAAAUAUGUUUACUCAAUUAAUGCAUUAUAGAAAAAUUUAACUUGAUUAAAGAUUGCAUUACUUUUAAACUGUUUAAAUUAAAAAAUCCAGAAUUAGUUAUUAGUGAUAUUACUUACAAGUUGACAAGUUGCUAUCAGUAUGCAGUGCAUUAAAUGUUCAACGCUCAUCUCCAUCCAAACCAUGUUGCUCUGUUUUUGAACACAUCCUAAAAUGUGUCCUCGGUAAUUACUACUGUUACACAGCUAGUUAGUGUACAGUGUUGUUAAGUUAUACAUGCAGUAAUGCAAUAUGACCAUUAUCUUUCAAAGUCUGAUAAAGCUAAAGUAGUAACUAGGAUAUCCAAGCUAGUCUUAGUUUGAAAUUAACAGUAGCUAACACCUUAGCUAUCAGUGUAACAGGAAGCAAGGCAUGCAAGUAUGUUAGCAUACAGCUUGACGGUCACAUAAGCUAAACUGCUAUCAGCUAAUAUUGUUUGUCAUUUGAAAUUUUUGUGACUGUUAUUUUUAUGCCUCUUUUUUGCACUAAACUAAAUUGUAAAUGGCAACUAUUUGCACAUGUCCUUGAACCAUACAAUUGAAUGUAUAAAUGUACUGUAAAGCAUGAUUUUUUUGAAAGAUAAAGCUUGUGACUGUCAAAUGGUUAGUUGACAAUACCAUUAUUAUAAGCACCCCAGUUCCCACUGAUCCCUCUAAAAAUGCUAUAUUUCUGUUUCUUUGUAAGUACCUACUUUUAAUCACCUUGACCCAAGUUAUUUUUAUAUAUGUAACUUCUGGGAAGAUUUUUGGCAUUUACUGUGUGUGUCUUUGGUCACACAUACCUUUAAACUACUAACAGGACAAGCUCAUGAUAUACAGUAUAUAUAUUUUAUAUUAUAUUGCAUGUUUAUAUUUAAUAUUUAAUAGCACCUCCUGUAUUAUUACGUUUUAAAUAAAUAAGAAGAUAAGGAUAAUUGAAUGUGUGUGUUUUUUAUUACUGAGUUAUCACCUUGAGGUUGGGAUUAUCAAAAGUGGAGGUUCUUUAGCAAAAAAAUAAAUGAAAAAAGUACUUGUAUUACAAUAUGUGCAUAUAACAAUUUAUUUAUACAUAACUAUUACUACAUUUUAUAUACACAUUGUUUAUUUGUAUAUUCGUAGAUA